UUUUUCCAAGAUGCAUAUAUACGCUCAAACCCUAGAUACAAGAGAGCGGGCUUGGCAAUCAGUAAGCAUUUAUUUAAGUCUCCAAUCUCAGAGAGGUUCUCAGACAGGACCGAUCCCCGUCGGGCUGGCAGGUGCAACCUGCGGUCCGGUCCCGGGACCUCCAGGACAGGGAGCUGCGGCCGGCUGGCCGGGGCUGGGCGCGGCAGGCACACAAGCGAGGAGGAGGCGGUCUGGCUCGCACGCCUGUGCGUGCGGUGCAGCCCUGCAGCUCCCGCCCCCCCGCCGCUGCUGCCGCCGCCGCCGCCGCCGCCGCCGCCUUUCUGUCUCCUCUCUCCCUCCGUACUGGACUCCGGUGCAUUUCCGGCCCGGGGGAAUUUGGCUUCGACCCGGCCGGGGCGCGCGGGUGGCUGCGGCCGGGGCCCGCGGGGUGGGCGUGCGCCGAGGUCUCCGUGCGCCCGGGGCCGUGCGGCCGCCAUGGCCGACGUGAGUGUCGAUCAGUCCAAGCUGCCGGGCGUGAAGGAAGUGUGUCGAGAUUUUGCUGUCCUGGAGGACCACACCCUGGCUCACAGCCUGCAGGAACAAGAGAUUGAGCAUCAUUUGGCAUCAAACAUUCAGCGGAACCGUCUGGUCCAGCAUGAUCUGCAGGUGGCUAAGCAGCUCCAAGAGGAAGACCUGAAAGCCCAGGCUCAGCUCCAGAAGCGCUACAAAGACCUUGAACAGCAUGAUUGUGAAAUUGCUCAGGAAAUUCAGGAGAAGCUGACUAUUGAGGCUGAGAGACGACGCCUUCAGGAGAAGAAGGAUGAGGACAUAGCACGUCUUUUACAAGAGAAGGAGCUACGAGAAGAGAAAAAGAGGAAGAAGCAUAUUCCAGAGCCUUCUGGGGGCAGUGCUUUUGGAGAUGGCUGCUAUUAUGAUGAUGGAGACCAGCCAAGGUCAAGGAGGGCCAGGGAAUUGGGUUCUGGAUACUCAAGGUUUUCUAGACUCCAAAAUGAUGGGAAGACUAUAAAGCAGAAGAAGGAGAAACCAAGACAUCUAUUGGAGAACUUGGAAGAGCUGGAGGAACCCUGUUCUUCAGAGAGAUCGGGCAGAGGGAGGGAUGAUGCCCAGACUGCCAUUGAUCAGCGUGAAAGAAAGCGGACUGGUCAAGAGAGGCUCUGGAAACCUCCACUUCCAAAGAUCAGUGGUGAGGUAUUUCUGAGCACUGAAUCUGAUGACUGGGAAGCUAACAGUAGCCCUCGAACUCGGAGUUGGGAAAAACAGUCCCGGCACCAUGGCAGACUUUCACCCAAGUCUUCACAGAAAACAGGGCUUCCCUCUAAGGAAAUUGUGUGUGGGAGGGACCUUGGGCAAGGUGACCACAGAGAAAGGAGACGUAAGCCCAGGACUCUUCCCUUCUCAGAGGAUGAAGAACUUCACCACCACCAUGAUGCAGGAAUGCAACCAAGGGGAGUAAAAGAAGCUGUCUGUACUCCUGCGCGAGCGACCCACAGGGACCAGGAAUGGUAUGAUGCUGAAAUUGCCCGGAAAUUGCAAGAAGAAGAACUUUUGGCUACACAUGUGGACAUAAGAGCAGCUCAGGUUGCCCAGGAUGAGGAAAUUGCUCGACUUUUGAUGGCUGAAGAAAAGAAAGCUUACAAGAAAGCCAAAGAGCGAGAAAAGUCAUCUUUGGACAAAAGGAAAUAUGACUCUGAGUGCAAGUCAAAAGCAAAGUCAACACACACAAAGUCAAAAGAGAGUGAAGAAGCACACCGUUCCAAGAUUGACAGGCCGUCACGACCACCACCACCUACAGUGAUGGGCCCUGAGGAUCUGGACCAUCCCCAUUUUACAAACCAGCACAGUGCCGCUCGUCUUCCAAAGCCAGAGUCCUCACACAAAGGUUUCCAUAAUAAGCAGUAAAACAAAACAAACAAACAAUGGGAUCUGCCUUGAAAAUGGACUUGCUGUAGCAGAUAUUAACUGAACGAUACAAAAUGCAUUCCACGUUGGCUGUUCUCCUUCUAUGUGCCAUUCCUGGGAGUUACUCUCCAGUGUUUUCCUAACUAUAAAAAAUUUCAGUUCACUUCAAAUGUUUUGGUUAUUCUGGUCACUUGGGCAGUGUAAGAAAUAUAAGUUCUGAAUAUUGGCCACCUCUUCUCUGAAUAGAUUUCCUGGGAUGUAAUUAGAACUGUGUGAAAUGACACUUGGUAGGUAUAGGAUAUUGGCAUCUAGGGACUAGGGUUUAUUCAGCAAUUAGAAGUGUACAGAGAUACAUUAUCAAGUAAAUCAUAAUAUUUUGAUCAAAGAAAACAUAGUGAAGUAUAUGAAAUAGCCGCUUUGUUGUUUAUUAGUAUGAUACUUUGAAGGAUAUAGUCUUUGGUUUUUAUCCUCUUCAGAAAAAGUAGAAUCACCACAGUAAAAUAUAGGGAGAAAUGCCCAGAGCAGUGGAAGUCGUCUGUUAUUCUGAAUACGUGGAUUGGAGCAGGAGAGGCUCUGGAUAGUCAAGUGAUCCGCUAGGAAAGUUGCUCUGGUGUCGUUCUUGAGCACUGUGCUGUUAUUUCCUCAGUAGCAAGUCUUUCUGAAGGCUUUAGGCAAUGCAUCAUGUGCUAAUAUUUACUAGUAAAAACCUUAAUUAUCUGAUACUUUCACUCAGGUUCAUGAAGAAUCAACUGAAAAUUAAAGAAAAAAAUAGCCUUUCAUAGCCUUGAUUUUUCUAAUUUAAUUGUGGAGCCAAAGGAAAUAGAACAAUUUUCCUAAGAGUUGCUGCCCUCAGUCUUGCUGUGUCCAUCAAGCGCCUCGCUCCUAGGAUGGAGCAUUUUUGUUGGCAACCACUCAGUGAGGUUUUAUGCACCUGUCAUAAUUAGACUAAUUCAACAUGCAGUUGAAUUUGAUGAAGUGAGUCAUUAUCCAGGUAUAUAGUUCUGCUUUUAUGUUGAUGGCCAUUGUAUUCCUUUCCACAAGACCUUUAAACUCCCCUUUAAAACUCCAGUCUUUGUCUGGCUGCUAAUUGAUAGAAGUGUUUAUUUGUCCAUACCACUUAGUUAAUAUAAAUGCCAGCCAAGCUACGUCUAUGUCUGGUUGGCAUUCUCCCAGCUGGACUUGCUGUUCUUUUCGUUGUAUGUAUUUUUUUUUUUUAUUGUUGUUGUCAUUUCAGUAAGCUGGUUUUUUAGGAAGGAAGAAAAUAGGUUGCUGAGAGAGAAAUCAUUUAGGGACUGGACUGCCUGCCUUCCAUUUGCCUUGUCUUUCCAGAGGGUUUUAACCUUGGGGUGGAUUCUGGGAGGCUGCUCCCAACAGAUUCUGAUCUCUGAUUGUCUGCCUUUGGUUUCCUGAAGUUCCAUAUGAUAGAAAUUCCAGUGCAUAGCAGCUAAGAGUGAAGCUCUGGGCAAGUGUUGAUCCGAGAAGAUGCAAACAAAGCGGUGCAAACAUUUUGGAAGAGUGGAGAAGAGGGAACUUAGAGGCCUAAGUGUGGUCAUGAAAUACAUAGAGGAAGGUCUUCCUUCAGACAGAUGGAAAGCCCGGCCUUAAGUUAGAGUCUGCACAUUGGUUUCCAAAGCAAAGCUUAGUCUCGUUGCCUUUGCUAAUCUCUAUCUUUCUUUAUCUGCCCGGUGAUUUUAUAUCAUGAUUGUUAAAGAUAGUUUGUAAUGGUAACCUUAAAAAGUAUAGUUGCAUUUUUAUUUGAUAACUAGACAAAACAGGCAACAUCUUUUGCCAUAUUUUUGUUUUAUGAAUGUUUAUUUUUCUAUCUCAUGAAAUGGUCACUUUUACUUUAAAAAUGCAAGGUUUUUUUUUUUGUUUUUUUUUUGUUUUUGUUUUUGUUUUUUGCUUUUCAUGCACUUCAAUUCAUCAUAUUUAUUAUUGUAAAAUGGACAUGUUUCCGUUUGAAAAUUCCAAGGCAGAAUGCUGUAGGCUUACCUGUUGCGGUGGAUGGUCAAAGAUGGUGCUGCCCUGGGAUAGCCAGCUUAACAUCAGUAUUGGAAAACUUGUUACUUUUUAAAAGUUUUUUUUUUUUUUUAAGGAGUAGAAUUUUAAACUAUUUUGUUUAUUUUUUGUAAAGUAAACAGAUUUUUAAGAGUAUUGGUAAUUAUUUACUUAGGACUAAGAAGAUAGAAAAAUGUUCUGAAUUAUUCUUAAUGUUCUCAAAUUUUUGCUAUCACUCAAAUAAUGCAUCUUUGAGAUGAUAGGAACAACUAAUAGUUCUUAAUGAACUGCCACUUUUCACUGUGGUUCCUGCUUUUUAAUUUGUCCUUUUGAUAUAAAAAUGAAAGCAUUUAUUGUGUUCCUCCUGUUGUUGAUAUACACACAGCUUAAUUAUUAGGUACAGACUGUAUUCUCUUUUACCGUCAAUAUAUAGACUUAUUCUUCUGGCCUUGAGAAUUCCUUUGUUUCUAAAUUUCUCUGUAGGUCAUGCCCUUAUAACACCAGUAUUACUGAAUGAACACAGUAUGUUAAGGAGCCACAUCAAAAGGCUACUUGACAUGAUACUUUCUCCUUCCCUUUCUUAAAGUCUUUUAACUGUUACGUAGAAAAGAGGGUAGUUAAAAGUCAGAUUAAAUAUGCUGACUUGAAAGAACAUUGAUUCCAGUAUUCAGGCUAUUGUAUUCCAGCUACUGUUAGUCAUAUUUGCUUUGUUGGGAGAAUAGAUAAUUGCUUCUUUUGUUCUCAAAGAAUAUUGAGAAUUUUUAAAGUGACUUCAUCAUUGAAAUGCUGUGGGUGAAGUGAUUUUAUGACAAAUGGCAGUAUAGUAAUGAACUAAAAAACAAAACAUCAACAACCAAACCAUAGACUUUAGAUGUCUUUGAGAAAGAUCUAAAAUAGGAAGAGAUAUGUGUAUAGACAGACACUAGAAGAAACCUUUUCAUAGUGGCAUUGGUCACAAUGGCCUAGAUAACCAUAUUCUAAAAAUGUAACCUGUGUUCCAUUGGACUCUUCAACACUGUCAUAGCUUCUCGAAAUCUGUUUGUGCCAAAUUGAAAAAAAAAAAAA